CCCAACCUACUACGACGGGUUCCUUGAUGAAGACGACGACGCCGGGUUUUUCGAUAGCUCCGACGCCUCUGAAGACGAUAACGACAGGGCCACCUCUGACGAUGCUCCAGUGGGCGCUAUCGUCGGUGGAGCAGUCGGGGGGACGGCUUUUUUGGCGGCUGCCGCCGUAUUGGGGUGCUUGUUCGUCACGGGUCGCCUCAAGUGCUCCAAGUGCAGCAGCUCCUCAGACCCUCCAGCAGCUCCUACCCCUGCUGGUGACGGUACUACCCGAGCGGCGACCAAGGCAUACCCUGCGCCUGUGGCUGCUGGUGGUGGUGCUCCUGCUGGUCCGCGUAGUGAUUUUUCUCCUCCUCCUUCUUUUGCUGGUGACGGUUCUGCAGGAACGGCGACCAGGACAUACCCUGCGCCUGUGGCCUCGGCUGCCGGGGCUCCUGCCGGCUCGCGUCACGAUCUUCCUCCUCCUCCUGCAUCGUUAGCCCCUGCUGGUGACCGCUCAGCCCAAAUGGCGACCGAGACAGUUCCUGAGCCUACGGCCUCUGCUGCUGCUCCUGCCGCUCCCGCUGGUGAUCUUCUUCCUCCUCCUGCAUAUGGUAGUUAUGAUCACGACGCGACGACCCCUGCAGCCCUUCCGCCACCUUAUGGCCAUCCGGUCAACCAGUAUCCCCAACCGAUAUGAGUUUUCGCUCGGGUUUCUCUACGGGAUUACACCAAAGAUGUACUUUGAUUUGAUUGGCAGGCCGCUGACAGCAGGGGGAGGCGUGGGAUGACAACGGGGCGCGUCGCUUGUGGGGGGGCUCUGGUUGGCCAGCAGAGGUAUUCCAUACUCUCUGGGGUGUACGUAUGUUUGAAGAGUGUCGUCUACGACGGGUGUGGAAACUGCAAAUACAGUUUUUGGAUCCUGGUCGGAUGCAUAGUGUAAGUAAGCACCUUUUGGCCUACCUGUCAGCCGGUGUCCUACAUGGUAAUCGUUCCGGCUGUCCGGGCUGAGAACGUCAGUUAUGUCAAUUUUGCCUCGUGUUUGUGUUAUUUUCCUUUCGUGUUCGCCUCCUUUGCACGAGGAGUUAGGGUCGUGGCGCCGAGCAUACAUGCAUGCGUAGGUCGAAGUGCUCCCCAUCCUUGGUCAAUACCCGAUCUUCGGUCCGCGCUUUGUA